AUGCCUACCCGUUUCUCGAACACCCGGAAGCACCGCGGCCAUGUGUCUGCCGGUUACGGUCGUGUCGGCAAGCACCGCAAGUCCCCCGGUGGUCGCGGUAUGGCCGGUGGUCAGCACCACCACCGUACCAACAUCGACAAGUUCCACCCUGGUUACUUCGGUAAGGUUGGUAUGCGUUACUUCCACAAGACCAACCAGCAGUUCUGGAAGCCCACUAUCAACGUCGAUAAGCUCUGGUCCCUCGUCCCCGCUGAGCAGCGUGACGCCUACCUGAGCGGCCAGAAGACCGAUGUCGCCCCCGUCAUCGACCUCCUGCCCCUCGGCUACUCCAAGGUUCUUGGAAAGGGCCGUCUCCCCCAGAUCCCCGUCGUCGUCCGUGCCCGCUACGUCAGCCGUGACGCCGAGGAGAAGAUCAAGGCCGUCGGUGGUGUUGUUGAGCUCGUCGCAUAA